CGCCGCGAUCAACGAAAAUUGAAGGAAAGUAGUGUUAAAUCUUUUUUCAUUGAGAAGUUUAAGCGGUGAUUGUAUGAAUAGCUUCUAUUCGAGUUUAAAAGUUAUGGGUUUGUUUUGUUUUGUAAGAUGUAUCAUUGGGCCAAGAUUAUUCCGAAUUAACGCCGUUGACGGCAAAGAGGGAAGAAUUUAUGAUCCAAACAUCUUAGAAGCAUGGAGUGAUUAUAUUAUUAAAUCAUUAACACUGGCAUGGGGCCUAGGGGUUUACUCCUCACCUGCUAUAGCAGCUAUUCUGUAUAGAAAAGGAUAUUUUACAGUAGAUGGAAUAUCAAGCUUAGGUCGACUUGUUUCCUUAGUUGGAGUCACUCUUCUGGGAACUAUAUUCUUUAGAGGUUUAGGAAGAUACAUGAACUAUGAUUAUGUCACUUUUUUGAAUGUAUUGGAAUCAGAAAAGAGCAACAUUAACAAAGUAAUAAAGACUGGAUUAAGAAGAUAUGAUUUUGAGUUCCAUGACUGGCCUGUGUCAUUCAGAUGGAAUGAUGUUGAAGGUGACAAAAGCAAGCCUCCAAUAUUUGUGGAAAAACCAUCAUCUAGAAGCUCAAUUUUCAUGACGUUAGGUGCAAUUCCUUGUGAAAUUUUAAGCUACAUAGCCAUCCAUACUUUUGGUCGCAGACUGAUUUAUCCAGGAACUGUAAAACUUCUCCAAGCAGCCGUUGUUAACAGAAUUUUCCACCUCUGUUUUCAGUAUGGAGCAGAGAGGUUCAAAUUAAUUACACGCGAUGGAAAUGCAAUAGAUUCUGUUUUUGUAGAUAGAAGAAGCAAAAAAGAAUUUCCUAAUGGGGAAACAUUAGUUAUAUGCUGUGAAGGAAAUGCAGGCUUCUAUGAAUAUGGAGCUAUGGCGACUCCCCUUGAGGCAGGGUACUCUGUCCUUGGUUGGAAUCAUCCUGGUUUUGGGGGAAGCACCGGAGUGCCUUUUCCUAGCCAAGAAACCAAUGCUAUUGAUGUAGUUAUUCAAUUUGCUAUUCAUCGCUUUGGGUUUAUGCCCGAAAAUAUCAUGAUCUAUGCCUGGUCUAUAGGUGGGUUUCCUGCCUCUUGGGCAGCAAUGAAUUAUCCAGAUAUCAAGGGUUUGAUACUGGAUGCUACAUUUGAUGACAUACUUCCCUUAGCCAAAGCCAGAAUGCCACCUAGUUGGGGUCCAUUAGUUGGAAGAACAAUUAGGAACUACAUGAACUUAAAUAAUGCAGAACAGGUUAUCAGGUAUCCAGGACCAUUCCUCUUAAUUCGUCGGGUUCGUGAUGAAAUGAUUUGUACAAGUGAUAGUAGUCCUCUUCAGACCAAUAGGGGCAAUGAUCUCUUAUCAAAGGUUCUCCAGUAUAGGUAUCCAAAAUUAAUAACUCCAGAGACACGUUGGGCUUUGGAAGCUUCAUUGACACUUGACAAAGAUAGUUUGAUAACACUUUGGCAUCAGUAUGAGGUAGACGAAGACAUUUGUGCUGCAACAGUUAGAUCUUAUAUUGAAGAAAAGUCUGCUUCCUUCCCCAUGUCUAUAGGUGACGAUAUGACGAUGGAACAGAAAUUACAACUCAUGUUUUACUUGGUUCAAAAGCACAUGGUUGAUUUUGACUCCACCCAUUGCACGCCUUUACCAGUAGAAUUAUUCCAACAACCUUGGGAUCCUGAAGCACUGUUGAAUCAGACUGAAUCGAGUGAUGAUCAAGAAAAGAUAAAAGAAUAAGCUACCAUCAUUAAAUCAGAGACAUUAUAAAAUAGAAAAAAAAAGAAGUUUACAUCAAGAGUAAGGCCAGUGGAAUAUAUUGUGCAUGUUUUAGAUUUCUUUGUGACAGGAAGUAUUUAAUAUUUUUCUUAACAAUGAGUAAAUGCUGGAAAACAUACAGAAACGUUUUUCUCUUGUUCCAUUAUUUAUUUGGUGUCUUAAAUUCACUAAAUUGAACUAUUUUUUUCUCUGUGAAGAUUCUUUUGUGUGCGUGUGGUGGGGGGGUGACUUAUUAAAAUCCAAAAUUUUUAUAUUUUUUAAAGCAAGAAUAUGUUUAUCCAUACUUAAAGUACAGAGAAAUAAAUGUUUUGUCAUCCUCAGUAUUUGAUUCUGUUUGCUUAGAACUUAAAAAAAUUAACUCUCAAAAUCACUUUGAUUGAAGCUAGUUAGGUUUAAUGAGUUGAAAAGAUCUGAAUAUUUGCUUUUAUUUGGCAGGAGACGAAAAAUUCAAAAACUGUGGGUUUCCGCAUAUUUUAUUUCCUGUUAACAAGUUAUUUUAACAACGUAAAAAGCUUUAAAAGAUGGUAUUUGAGUAACUUUGAUGGUAAAAUAUUUUAAAUCACAUGUUUUGUUUUGUCUUAAAUUUAGUAACAUAAAUCCUGAGUCAGAUGAUAAAAAUAAUUAUGGUUAAUGAUUUAUUAAACUCUCUACUAAUGAAAAAUAAUUGCCGUUCACUUUUCCAAACACUAAUUUAAAAUGAUAAUGUUUUAACCUUGACUUUAAGUUAACAUAUCUUUCAAUUUCUGAUAAUCUUUAACAUCUAAGUAAAAAUGUAUUUUAGGUUUAGGUUUCAUAUAAAAUAAUUUUUUUUUUCAAUCAUAAGGAAAAAUUAAGAACCUUUACACUUUAAACAGCAAAUUUGAUGACAGACCAAAGAUACCACUAAAAGAGCAUUAAAGAAAAAUACAAAAGCAUGGACUUUUGUGUACUGAUACAAAUUUAGAUUAUAGCAUUUUGUUGAAAUUCGUUUUAAUAUGUUUGAGUAUAUGUAGAUAUUAUGUUUGUGAUGAUAAUUUGAUUUUUUUCCUUUUGUAAUAUUAUUGAAAUAGUUCUUAAAUUUUUUUAAACACAAGUAAAGAGUUCAAUAUGUCUGAUGAAAUUUUCUCUAAUUAUAUCACAGUUUAAUUUCUUUUGGUAACUAUUUGUGAACCUGUACUUUAUUAAACUUGAUUUAGCUAUUAAUUACAUAUAGUAUUCUUGUGUGAUUGACUGCUUUAGGCAUAAUGAUUGAAUCGUUACUUCAUUACAGUAAUGUAUAUUUUAUAAUCUUGAACACACUGAACAUCUCAUUCUCAUCAUGGAUUGUGUCCUUUUUAACCCCUUUCAUGAUUUGCUCACCCAAAAUAACGUGGGCUUCCUCCACGUUUCAAAAAAUAUUUGUCUAAGUUCGUUCAGGCAAGCCAUUGGUUACCGUAUUUUUAAUUGUUUGCCCAAAUUUAUGUUCAUUCUAUCGUGUAUUAUAAUCGGUUAUCAAAAAGCAAAAUAAAAUAAACAUCUGCCUUUUAUUUAAAGUAACACUGACUCUUAAAACUGGGUUAAUUUACAUGCUGAGGAAACAUUGUUAAACACUUAUUAUAACGUGCGAAACAAAAGUUUGUCGCAAUCUCUAAAAGUACACUUUCAGUCAUAUAUAUAUAUGUCAUAAACAUAAUUAAUGUGGCAGGGAUAAAGAAAUACAUAAAAUAAACUGUUUUAACACCUUAACUUUACUUAGGAAUGAUAAAAACGUGUGAAAAUUGAUACACGUGCUUUUUUGUGAACAUCCUCAUAGCUCGAAUUAAAAACUUUGCAAAUUUCGUGCAAUGUUAACAAACUAUAGGCAAUUAUUGGAAAGUAGACUCAUAGAUAACAAAACAAUUUUUAAAAAUUCAAGCUAUGUAAGAGUGUAAUAUCAACAAGUGUGUUAAAUUUCAUGCUGAUAUUGGCUUUAGUGGUGAAGUUAUCAUUCUAAUAAAUUGGUGUGUAUCAAUCUUUGCACUUUCAUAGAUUGUGACAUGAUACUUUUAUUUUGCACUCAACUUGAAGGUUAUAAGAAGUGUUUCCUCGGCAUGUAAAUUAACCCAGUUUUAAGGGUCAGUGUUACCUUAAGUUCAUUUCCAAGAAAAACCUGACAAGGAAGGGGUUAAAAUGCUGUGAGUCAUCUUUGUUGUUCAAGGGUUUGGAGAAUUAAUUUUCAAGAUAUUUCAACUUUCUGUCGGUUUCCAGCAUUUUCAUUGUAUUAUAUAGAAAAGAAAAAAAAAUGGUUCUUUAAAAUACCUAAAUGAUUAAUCAUUUGUAUUUUUUUUUUUUUUUUUUUAUAAGGUACACAUUUUUGUUUGGCUUUUGAAGUUGGAUUCAUCGAGUGUAUCUAAACCUCUCGGUUUUCUUGCCGUUUAUGAUAUGCAAGGGUUUAUCAUAAAGUGUUUAAAAAACUAAGUAUACACUGCUGUUUGUAUAGACAAUUUUCUUAACAGAUUGAAACAAAUCUAGAUUUAAUUGAAUGAUAUUAAAACAUCUGGCCAAACAUUGAAUAAUUUUAAUUUAUGAUGCCUCCUAAUAAGCCUUCUCGUCUGAGCUUUCUCACUUUGCUAAGCUCUUUAUAAUAAAUGGUGCAGUGUUUAAGCAUAUUUGUCUGUCCUACAUAAAGCUGCUUUAGAAUUGAUUAUGAGGUGACUGUGUUAUUCCUUUAUAAUGUUUAGUAUUGUAUACAUUUUGUAAUAUUAGAGUAUGUGACUUUGAAGGUUUGAUUAAAAAAAAAUGGUAUGAGCCAGAUGCAGCCCAAUGGUUAGUGUGUGGACUGUGGAUUCGAGAUUCUGUGGUUGUGCUUCACAUUCUGGGGCUGGGGGUGUGUGUGUGUGUUAUAAGUGUAAUUGUCAAAUCCUACUGUUAAGUUAGAGUAGGCCAUGACUGUCAGUGGGUUGGGUUGACUAGCUGCUUUCCCUCUAAUCUAUCACUUCUAAAUUAGGGACAGCUAGUUCAGAUAGGCUUUGAGUAGCUUUGUGGGUGUAAGCAUAAGUAAAUGCUGGAUAUUUUUUAAAUGUGGUAAAGUAUAAAAAGAGAAACUUCUAGCAGAGGUGCUGUGGGACCAUUGGAUAUUAUCAGUUCAUUACAUCUCUCCUUACUUGUCUAAUUAGUGUAAAAACAAUGUAAGAUUCAGUGACGUCAAUCAAACUAACAGCACAGUUUCUAUGAAGAAGACUUGUGAUUAUAUCUGACCUUCUGAUGUAGGUGCUUUCAGUUCCUUACAUAAACUGAAACCUUGAAUGGUCAUUGGUAAGUCACAGUUUUGAUAUGUUUUAUCUAUGCAUCGAAACUAACUUUAUCUUAUCCAGAGGCAGGUACAACUUUGAGUGAAUUAAUCUACCAGUUAGGAAGUAAAACCUCUCCAAAUACCCAGUAAAUAUUAAAAAAGGUUAAAGUUGUUUGAAAGGUUAGUAAAUGUCCAUAAUUAUCUGCCGUUUAGUUGAUGCAUUAUCUUUUGAAGUCUCUUUUUCAUUUUUGAUGAGUUUUUCUUUGAUAUAUUAAAUGUGAUAUCUAAAAACUUUAAUAAUAAACUAUUAAAACAACAUGGCAAGGAUCUUGAAUUACAGUCUUUCACACAUUAUUAUAAGGUAUUUUGUACAAUUAAACAAGGCUUUAAAUAUUUAAUAUAUCAUGUUGUGUCAUCUGAAUGGCAUAAAUAGAGUAUUGAAAUAAAACAGUUUGGUUUAGAAGGCCAACAUUCUCAUCAUGCCCAAAAUACAAGACACUUUUGAAUUGUAGUUAUUCAUCAGUCAUUAGGGCCAGUUUAAUGAAAUAAUAGUUUGAUUUCAGGGUUUGAGAGAAAGUUCUUAAUUGAAAACAUGCCAAUGGUACAACAUAAGAACAAAAUUCUUAUUUCCAUUUCAAAACUUUUAAUCUCUUUUUAACAUGCCUCCAUUGUCUUUUCAAAGUGGUGGCAGUUAAUUAAUUGCAUAAUGUUCAAAGUGUUUUUUGUUUUGUUUUUGUACUAUUAAUGACUUGUUGUUGUU